AUGAGAUGGGGUGUAGAGGGCUCUGGAACUUACACAUCAAUGAAAUGGUACCGCUUCUAUCACCCUCGAGGGCGGAUAAGUCCGCCUGACGAUGAGUCAACGCUGCGAACAAUCAAACAUCUAUGCGACAAGCCCGACAAUCUUGAAGGAUGGGAGCCCGUUCCGUUCUCUAGCCCAAUUCACUCGAAUCUAGAUUACAUAUACACCGUCAAUACGAUCUCAUUAUGGAGUGAGCUUGACGGUUUAUUGGCACCUUCGGCAGUACAGAUGGAUCUCACCAAGAUCCAUGAGAUAUCUAGCAUAAAUUAUCAUUUGAUGCGAAAACCUCCAUACAUGUCGGGCGGAUAUAUCUGUGAGAGCGACAAGGCACAGACAAAGCAAUUCGAGACGUUUGAAAUCGACUUUGGCAUCCCUACACCCAUGAACGAGCUACAGGAGCGAUUCUUUAUUGACCUCGUUUUUAUCUCGCGCUUUUAUAUCGAUGACCCUUCGACAUGGAGAUACAAUUCUCCUAUAUUCAGGGUAUUAUGUGUCGCUUUCCUGCGUCUUGCAGCCUGGGAUUUUGAGGUGUCUUUCGAUUGCAACGUUGAGCUUCCGAUCUCUUUCGCGUCCAUUCCCCUUUGGAAGUACCCCGACACGGACGUCUAUUGGUUUCAUGGAUAUCUUGUUGUUUUACAGGAUGAAAUUGAAUCUAUGGCCAUGAUAAACAGAGCGGUCUCAAAAGCCAAGUCAUAUAUUGGCGACUCUCGGCUCAGACAUGACGACGUUCGCUUAAUUGUCAUUUCACCACGUCAUCUCGUUUUCGUGAAGCUUUCUCUCGAGGUCGUUCUGGCCUCUAGGAGCCUAGUAUUGCUUUCCAACUAUUCAGCAACCCAAUGUUCACCUGGGUUCCGCGCUCUGGCUCGGAUUCUAACAUCAAACUGUUGGAAGAAGCCUCACGCCCAUAGGGAGAAGUGGCCUGUGAACAUGCCGCCUGAGAUUGUUCAGAUGAUUCUUCGUAAAGCGGAUCCACGAGAUGCCGUAGCAUUUUCGCAGGCAUCCUUCGCUGCUGAGCAAUGCUACUAUGCUUCAGAAUCCCAGUUCAAGAACAUUGACUUGCGAAGUUUGAAGUCCUCUAUACCUUGCUGCGGCAAACGAACUAGACUGGAGACGCACGCUGCCAGGAAAGAGCCUGUAUGGUACUUGAUCCUGGCGGAAUAA